AUGAGUCAAACAAGUCAAGGAACGGGGGAAGACGAGGCCUCACCACCCGCGGACUGGUCUUGCGGAACGCCGAACGGGCGGAAGCGCACGCGGAUUCCGUCGGAGCCGAUUCAGGAAUCCGCGAUGAGCGGCGAGAGCUCCGAGACGAAAGAAACCGAUUGCGUCGCUGGUCCCGCGUCCUCCGCGGGUGGCGCCUCGCAAGAUCUAAGCUCAUCUUCUGCCGCUGCGACCGCUGCGACCGCUAACAACAGGCGGCAAGCGAAGGGGACCGCCGCCGCAGCCGCUUCUACCACCCCUGAGCGUUCUCCCCCUUCCGCCUCAGCGGCGGAUGCGCCGCACGCUGCGCGAGGCAGCCAUCCGGAUCAGCAGCAGCUUGUGACUUUGUUUCAAGCGCUCACUCCAGGCGCGGAAGCUCCGCGGGGAGAGCUCGGCGGAGGAGCGGCGGGCGCGCGGCCGACGACGGCGGCGGCGGCGGCGCAGCCAGGUUCAGCCCCAGCCGGCAGAAAUAUCUCCGUUCCUCCCCGUCACCCGCAGCCGCACUCGGGUCGAAAAAAUGCAGGUGGCGCGGAUCGGAGCGGGGCUGGCGGAACGAAAGCGGCUGCCGCGGCGGGUAGCACGGCGGGCGGCGCGGGUUCCGCGGGCUCGGGUGGAUCUGGCUUGGGAGGGAGCAGCGCCUCGGAUGCAAUCGCGGGAAGACGUUCGGGUGAAGAGGGCUCGGCGCUGGCGGAAAGACGAGCGCCAAUGGAGGGCCUUGCGGAAGUACCCUCGGAAGCACUAGCUGCGGCCGUUAUUGCCGCGAUCGUGCCCACAGAAGGUGCUGUGCCGAAGGGAAAUAUUGCUUCGGGAACGUCAGGCGGAGCACGCAACUCUCUAGGCGCGUGGUGGAGGCUCGGCAGACCGGUUCGUGGCUGA